AUGCGUCGCUCGUACUCACGGUCCCCAUCACGAUCUAGAAAAUCGGACCGACGCUCGAAACAAUCCAGGCGACGCUCUAGAUCCAAAUCCAGAGAUUACGAUACACACCGUAGAAAGGGUAGUGAUACAAAUCGUCGUCAAGAUCGAUCCAAAAGUCGAUCCGUAGCGUCCUCAUCCACGUACCAGCGAGAGAAAAAAUCUUCCUAUCGCAACAGAUCCAGAGACAGAAGCUACACUUCCAGCACACGCAGGAGAUCGUCUUCUCGGGAUCGAUAUCACGAACGAAAGCCACACGAUCGGGCUCGUUAUCGUCGAUCGUCCAGCAGUUCCAGCAGUUCAUCAUCCACGAGCACUUCCAGCAGCAAUCGCAGCGGAACCUCUUCGAAAUCGUCGAAAGGCUCUCGUAAUCAUUCACCGCCCACAGUCAGUAAGGACAGUAGUGAGAAAACCUUUGUUUUCAAAUCCAUGUCUGACACGUGCGAUGAUCCUACGAGCAAAGCCACAAAAUUAGAAGAGCUGAAUGCUGAUGAGUUUGUUCCGCAAUCAUUCGUAUCAAGAAGAAAGCCGGCAGUAGCAACAACCCAGACGACAAGCAGUAUAGUUAUAGACUUGGCUUCGCAAACGAUUAAAGUGCCCACGAAAGACACUGUGGUAUUAGAUGAAGAUCCUUUGUUUCACAGUAUAUUUUUCACAAUAGACGAUAAUGAGCGGAUGAGUCGAUGGGUUAAAAAGCUUCAUCUCUUACGCCAAUCAAUACCAUAA